AUGGUUCAACUAUCACCAGCAGAAAAGUCAUAUUUAUAUGAUUCAUUAACUCAACAACCAAUAAUAAGACCUGAUUUACGAUCAAUUCAUCAAUAUCGUCCUUUAGUUGCGAAAACUUCAUUCUUACCAGGAUCUAAUGGAUCAGCUCGGGUAAGAACUGAAGAUGGUAGUGAAUGUAUUGUAAGUGUCAAAUCAAAAGUAGUAUUGAUUCUGGAAGAAGAAGAAGAAAAAAACCAAUCACAGAAUCUAAUUGAAGUGGAUAUUGAUAUUGUGGGACAUCGUGAUGAUUCAAAUUAUGUUGCCAAUUUAAAAUUCCAAUUAACCAAUUUAUUACAACAAAAUUUCCCAUUUGAAGUUUUAAAAUUGACGAGCCGGUAUACAUUUAAACUAUAUAUUGAUUGUAUUAUAAUAAGUCAUUCAUGUUAUCCAUUAAGUUUAAUUUCAUUAACCAAUUAUUUAGCUUUGAAAACUACGAGAUUGCCAUUAUUAAUUAGUGAUGUUAAUGAUGAAGAAAUUGCUGAAUUACCUACAUUUAGUGAUGACUGGGAAAAUGCUAAAUUAAUACAAGAUUAUCAUUUAAAUGAUACCAAAGAGGGGCAACCAAGUAAGUUCCAACCACCAAUUUUCAUUACUAUUGGAGUCAUUGGGAAAAAUUUAAUUUUUGAUCCAUCAUUUGAAGAAGAACAAGUUUUAGAAAAUGGAUUAAUUAUAAGCUUUUAUAAUAAUAAAGUGAUUACUCCAAUUUCAAAUACUAAUUUUGCUGUUAAUUCCAAUAAUUCAAAUUUCAAAGGAUUAGAUCAAUCAUUAUUGAUUCAAUCAUUGGCAUUAUGCAAUAAAUAUUGUCCGAAUAUUAUAAGAGCAUUAGAUAGUUUAAUAGAAGAAGAUAAUGAUGAUAAUGACGGUUCUAUAUUCUAA